CUGGCGCUGCCCGUCUUUCUGUGCCACCAACCCCAACCAAUCCCUGCCUGCCUGUAAUACUAACAAUCCAACGGCUAUAGCAAAAUUCAUCCAUCAGAUUUAUUUAUUUUAUGUUUGAAAUAAGUUCAGCCAUCAGAUUACUCUCUCUCUCUCUCUCUCUCUCUCUCUCUCCGUAGUAGGAGCAGUAUAUAAAUCGGAACCGGAUCCUGGUUUUGAGUCGUUGAGCUCUCGUCGGGGUCUCCUUCUCCCUCCCUUGCAAUUUCGGAUCUAUCUCUUGCUCAAACAAAAGCAUUUCCUUCUGCUACUGUAUAAAAUAUAAUAUAUGGAGACCUUCCUAUUUACCUCUGAGUCAGUGAACGAGGGUCACCCGGACAAGCUAUGCGACCAGAUCUCCGAUGCCGUGCUUGAUGCAUGCCUUGCUCAGGACCCUGACAGCAAGGUUGCCUGCGAGACUUGCACCAAGACCAACAUGGUCAUGGUCUUUGGAGAAAUUACGACCAAGGCCAAUGUUGACUACGAAAAGAUUGUCCGGGACACAUGCCGUACCAUCGGAUUUGUAUCUGAUGAUGUUGGUCUUGAUGCUGAUAACUGCAAGGUCCUGGUCAACAUUGAGCAACAGAGCCCUGAUAUUGCCCAAGGUGUCCAUGGCCACCUUACAAAGCGCCCAGAAGAGAUUGGGGCUGGUGACCAGGGUCAUAUGUUUGGUUAUGCCACUGAUGAGACCCCUGAACUUAUGCCUUUGAGCCAUGUCCUUGCCACCAAGCUUGGAGCUCGUCUCACCGACGUUCGCAAGAACGGCACAUGCCCGUGGCUACGGCCUGAUGGUAAGACCCAAGUAACUGUCGAGUAUUAUAAUGAAAAUGGUGCCAUGGUUCCUAUUCGCGUUCACACUGUCCUCAUCUCCACCCAGCACGAUGAGACUGUCACCAAUGACGAGAUUGCUGCAGACCUCAAGGAGCAUGUCAUUAAGCCUGUCAUCCCAGAGAAGUACCUUGAUGAGAAGACCAUCUUCCACCUUAACCCUUCUGGCCGCUUUGUCAUUGGUGGUCCCCAUGGCGAUGCUGGUCUUACUGGACGUAAGAUCAUUAUUGAUACCUAUGGAGGCUGGGGAGCACAUGGUGGAGGAGCUUUCUCUGGUAAGGAUCCUACCAAGGUGGACAGGAGCGGUGCCUAUAUUGUCAGGCAGGCCGCCAAGAGUAUCGUGGCAAAUGGGCUUGCUAGGAGGUGCAUUGUGCAGGUCUCUUAUGCCAUUGGUGUUCCUGAGCCCUUGUCUGUUUUUGUGGACACUUAUAAAACUGGAAAGAUUCCUGACAAGGAGAUCCUCCAGAUUGUCAAGGAGACGUUUGAUUUCAGGCCUGGUAUGAUCGCCAUCAACCUGGAUCUCAAGAGGGGUGGCAAUGGCAGGUUCUUGAAGACUGCUGCCUACGGACACUUUGGUAGGGAUGACCCAGACUUCACCUGGGAGGUUGUGAAGCCCCUCAAGUGGGAGAAGGCCUAGAGCUUAAAUGAAGCUCAAAAUUUAUUAAUUCUGGUUUUUCAAUGCUUGUUCUAUUGUGUAUUUUAUUGCUGGUGCUCCAUAGUAUUAAGAAAUCACAAUGUUUAAAUCCUCUAUGGUGGUGUUUUGAUAGUAUGUUUCUCUCUUUCUUCCAGCUUAAUGUUACUUAAUGAGUUGUAUACGUGCUGCGGAAAAUAAUAGUAGGAAUUUGCUUGUGAUGGCGCACACAACUGUCCUGAAAUAAUAUGUACUACUAAUAUGUUUCAGCAUAAAAUAAUAAGUAAUUUCGUUUUUAGUUUA